UCAAAACAGCAGAUCUUCUGGAGAGAAUCUCCUUCUGAUCUCUUCACACAAUGUUUAAUACUUUUUUUUAAAACACAAAGAUAAUAAUAAACAAUUAACUAUAGUUUCAAUGGCUAUAAUCACCUACUUAACUUUAACAUUUUGAAUGUAGGUAGGUAACUUAUUAGAAUUACAUGUUUGCAAUGGUAGCACAUCCCAACUAGCAGAGCUCCUUUGAAUAUUCAAUACUAGCAGCUGGUCCAAGAGCUUCUGAGCACAAACUCCAGACACGCAAAAUAUAUCCCUUUUGUUACAGUUUUGAGUGAUGGCUCCCUGAAUAUACAACUAACCAGAAUAUUAAGUGACAAAACAGACCAGUUGUGAUUGCACAUUAAGUGGCAGGGAUACUCCUUUAAUGAUGCAUGAAUACCAGAUAUGGCCACUUAAUGCCUUCCUUGAUCUCAUCCUGAAGUUUCAAUGACCAUCAAUGAACAUGAACAUUCAUCUAUAGUCUUUCCCUGCAUAGUUUCAAUGGUACAGUAUCAGAAAAUCAGAAUGUCCCACACCCAAUGAUCGAUCUCAAUAGCAUUAAAGUAUCAGUUGAAGGUAAAUUGGGAACAGGUUUUAUUUCCUGAAGACUGGUUCUCAUUUCAAUUAAUAUCCACUAUCCAUAAUUUCAUAACUCCAGAAUAAUCCCUAACAUAUUGUAUCCAGACAUCCAUUCUGCAGUGUAUCCGUUAAUUAGUAGGUUAGAACAUACCAAUGUAUACACAGUAGAAUGGAUGUCUGGCUGCUGAAAAAGGGUCAGAAAAUUAGUAAUUAUUCAGUAUAGUAAGUUACAAGUCCAAGAGAGGGAAGCAGGAGGGCAAGAGAAUGAGGGAUUACAAGUGAUGUAAAAGAGAGAUGGGUGGAGAGACGGGAGGGAUCGAGGAAGGAGAGGAAGAUGUGAGGUGAGAACCAGGUAGAGGUGGAGAAGCAACAGAGAGGAUAAAGAGAUAAGAUGGAGAAGAAGAGUUUAAACACCUUCCAAAAUUUCCAAGGUCGUGCUACAACUGACACCAACAGUCUUGCAAUGGCAUGUCUCAUUAUUAGAGUCACGAAUAGAUGUGGCAGGGAGAGUAAAGGGCCUUGGCAUUGAGACAAAGACGUGCUCAGGCCAGUAAGUAGAGCUGAGGUAGAUCAGUGGGUCAAGUCAAGUCGAGUUUAUUGUCAUGUGCACAAGUACGGUGAGGUACAGUACAAUGAAAAAUUUACUUGCAGAUAUGUAGGUACAGACAACACACAGAAUAUAAAUUACACAUCAUUAUCAUUGGGUGUGGUGGGGACAGAAGGGGCAAGUAGGCGGUUAUAGGGACACUCAAGUCGGAUUUAUUGUCAAAUGAACAAAUUCGGUGAGGUACAGGUACAAUGAAAAAUUUGCUUGCCCUACCCUACUCCAGCAGCUGUUCUCCAACACAACGGGACCUUUGCCAUGUGCCUGCAAUGUUGCUGCAAUUAACUUUUUCCACUGCACCGGUGCUUGCACGACAAUAAACUCGACAUUGACUUUACAAUGUGGGUUGUGAGGUACUUGUCCUGUAGAGUUAGAUAUUAAUGAUAAUGAUGGCGAAGCCAGCGAAAUCAAUAGCUGGCGUUGCCGCCAAUGGCACGGAAUGUUUCGGCCGCCCCUCAGUGAAGGAGUUAACGCGGGGCUUUAAACGGGCCGGGCCGGCGUGGUCGAGGCGCUCUCGGUGUUCCCCAGUGCAGCCUGGUCGCGGAUCUCUCCGAUCGGCUGCUUCGGGCUGCCUGUUGAUGUUUGAAUCGUGUUUGACGGUUGCGGCGGGGGCGGGUCGUCGGGGCCGCCCGUCGGCAUCCACUGAGGCGCCGGCAGCGGCUCUGCACUCGGCGCCAUGGCCGGCCUCGUCCUCGGCCUUAUCAGCGGCCUGGGCCGGGCCCUCGAUCUGCUCUGCUUCCUGCUGGACCUCAACUUCUGGCUGGUGUCCACGGCGGUGGCAGCGGCCUCGGCCGUGCUGCACCUGGUCAUCUGCAUCCCCGGGGCUGCCGCCUACCUGCUCGGCCUCUGCUACAACCUGCUGGGCCUACUGGUGCUGGGGGCGGCCGAGCUGUGCCACGGCGGCCUGCAGCUCGUCUUCAGCCUGCUGUGCGGUUUGUUGAGGGCGGUGUGCGGCCUGGCUGAGAGCCUGAAGAUGGUGGGGCACCUGCUGUCCUACCUGAGCCUGCGGGGACGCGAGGAGCUGCAGCGGGGCCUCGCCACCACCUUCUGCUCCGGGCACCUCUUCCUCAAGCAGCUGUGGGAUGCCGCAGGGAUCCUGGCCAGCCUGGCCGCCUACUUGGUCAACACCGUCAUCAACAUGUUCCUCAUCGGGACCCAGAACCUCCUCUCGGUGGCCGCAGUGCUGGGCGACCCUUUGGUCAAGGCCACAGAGGCUCUUGCUUCCAUUCUGACCUACUUGUCCAGCAGCGUGGUGGGCAACGUGAUCCUGCUGUGGACCCCAUGCCAGUUUGUGAUCGAAGUGCUCAUCUCGGUCUCCAGAGUCCUGGCGGACGUGUUUCUUCUAAAUCUCUACGGUUUGGCAAUCACGUUUAUUGUCAUCUCCAGUACAACAAUCUACGCAAACCCAGAGAUAAUACUGAGGUUUGUUAAUCAAGUGACUCUUCAUUUAAAUACUGCUCCCAAUCUUAACCGGGUAAGAAGGGAUGUCCUGCAUAUCUGCAGGCUAGUAGUGACCAAUGUACAGCUAAUGGUCAACUCUGAGACUUGGCGGCGAAUGUACAGUCAACAACUGCAGAGACUUAACCCAGGCUAUGUGAAUUUCUGGCUGCUUGACCAAUUAAGGCGGAUUCAGGUUUAUCCUGAUAGGAACUUGGAGGACCAAACAGCUGUAGUUCAGCAACCAGUUAAUCAGCUGGAACAAACAGAUUCCAACCCUGUCCAAGGAGAUAACACUACUACCAGGGAGCAACAGGUGGUUGUGACUGAGACCUCUGCAUGUGGUCCAGAAACUGGAGAUGGGCCUUUGCGACCAGAAGGCACCAGGGACGAUCAUGGCAAUGUUCCUGUGGAAAAUGAACUCUGGAUGCUCUUGAAGGAGCAAGAAGAACGAAAGAAAUGUGUCAUCUGUCAGGACCAAGCAAAAUCUGUGUUGCUGCUUCCAUGUAGACACCUGUGCCUCUGUCAAGGCUGCACAGGUAUCCUCUUGCAGCAGCCCAUCUAUCAACGCAAUUGUCCACUCUGCCGACAAAUGAUUUUACAAACCCUGGAUGUGUAUUUCUGAUUAACUGUUUGAAAAGGCUUGAACAGGAAAAAGCCUGUUGUGUAAAGCAGAUUAUUUUUAAAAACCAGUAGAAUAUUUCAUCAGUCCAAUCAUCGGUGUGUUUGGCAGUCUCAGAUUCAAAUUUCUAUGCAAAUCCUCAGCCAUAGAUGUCAUAAUACAGAUGUAUUUUUUCGUCGUGACUAAUUGAAGCACCACUGUAUAAUAAUGUUACAUUAAGAAUGUACUUGUUACAAGGCAUUGGGAAACCAAGCCCACUGCUUCCCUUAAUUAUUGGUAUUAAAAAGGAAUGGCCAUUUCUUGAGAUGGUUCUUCUGUCAGGUUUUACUUUUAUUAAUAGUGAGCUGCACAGGGUAAGGGCCCAAAUAAUCCUAUAUUUUUGAGUUGCCUGUACAGUGCUCCUUUGUGUAAUUUUCCUAGUUUUUUUUAAAAUGUGAAUUGUUUUGAGAUAACAGGCACUCAGAUUGUCUUAGACACAUUCCAGAAACAUUAGGCAUUUUAUCUCUGUUUUGCUGUUUGAAUGCUCUACUACUCCACAACCUGCAUAUUUGUUUUUAUAAUAGAGAUGGGGCUUGAAACUCGACUUUGGAAAUCUAGCUGAGCCAAUGGGUCAAAUGAGGAGGUGAGGCACCAUGUGAAAUAUGUUUGUUUCUGUUAAAUUACUGUACUAGGCUCUAUCCUGCAGCUUCCCUUAAUAAUUUUUAAGCAAGUCUACAUUACUGACCAUGGGCUUAAAGGAGAAUUUUAUUUGUGUGCUCAUUUAAUUAAAAAUACUCUUUAUCAAAGACCAAAUGGUGUCUCUACAGAUACAUGUUUGAGGCACUGGGUAUGGAUCUUAACCAUGAUCUGCUUCAUUUCGGGCCCAUUUGUUUUUGUUUUGAAACAAUUUCUUUGUCUUGGAAUGGGAACUUGGGAUGGAAUUGUUCUUGGGGUCUUGAUGCCUAAAUGUAUCAUUAAAGUAAAAUAAAUACAUUGGUUAAAUUAAUAACAAUUAAUAUUUUAUUCAAGUACCAAAUGUUUAUCACUGCAGAAUUUGGCUGAAUAAUGCAUGCUUUCUGCUGCACAACUAUGACCUUUCUGAGAUGUCAUCUGCAGUAACUUAAGUAGCAACAAACAUGGUUUAAGUGCCUGUUCCAGGAUGAAUAGCCAAAGUAAUUGUUUUCUUGUCUGGUGGAUAGGAAGUUGGACAAAACACAGUCAAUGCUCUAGCAACUGCUUUUUGGAGAUCUUUGACUGCAAAUGAUGAUUGAAGUGUUCUUUUACAUGGUUGUGCUUGGGCCCCAACUUUCUCAAAAUGGUUGAGAUUGGAAUUGCUUUGUGUAGAUCUACCAUAUCAAACACCAUGCAUUAGGUUUGCUUCCCUCUGAUUCUGGAAAGCAAAGAGGUCAUUGAAGCUUUUGGGGAUAACAGUGAUUAGUGAGAAGAGGAGACAGCAGCACAACAUUGUACUUAAGCUCUAAAUUUAUUCAGGCUUUUGAUCUUUGAUUUUAAACCCCACCCCAAGAUGGGCACAAAAGGACCCAGCAAGUGUUUACCAAAAUGUCAGGCAAUAUCUGAGAGGAAAAACAGAGUUUAUGCUUCAGGUUAAUGAUCUUCUAUGGGAGCUAAGGGGGAAAAUAAGAUUAAUAAAAAGGAAGAAAGAACACAAGAAAAAUUUGAGAGUGGAAGGCACAACAAAUUAAGUGAUAUAAAGAUGAUGGUGCAAUUGUUGUUUCAAUUUCUGAAAUAUAGCAGGAAGAGUUGAUGGCCACCAAAGAGCCCAGUAAGUUUGAACUUCCAUAUUUCAAAACAACAUAGGAGGAGGCUAUUUUGGCCCAUCAAGUCUAUGCCAGAUGUCCAAGCAAUCUUAUUCCCCUCCAUAAUUUUCUCUGUAACCUAUUCUCUCUACAUUCCCAUCAACUCUUAUUUCUCUCCCACUCACCUACACACUUGGGAUAAUUUAUGAUGGGCAAUUAACCUACCAACUACACAUGUCUCGGAAGGAAACCAGAGUGCCUGGAGGAAUUCUAUACACCGACAGGGAGAACACGUAAACUCCAUUCGGAUGGCAUCAGAGGUCAGGGCUGCAGGACCUGGGUGGCUGGAAUGUUGAGACAGCAGCAGUACCAACUGCGCCAUUGUGCUGCCCUUCUCUUGGCCACGAGCAGAACUGGUUCUUGUGCCUCCCCAGUCAAGAUGUCCCUUUGACUUUGGUACUGAGUGGAGAAUGUGAAGAAAUCUAUUCCUUCCCCCUUUUUACUGAAGUGCAAGGAAAUCAACUCCAUCCAUGGCGUGCUGAGGACUUUCCUCAAGUCCUUUCCUAUGGCCAUAUUUCUGUUCCUGCUUACAAACCAGUAAAUGAAUCUGGUCAGGAGUUCAGCAAUGUUAAUUAAUUGUGCAUGACCUGGAAAUGCUCAACUUGGUUGGGUGUGCUGCCCUCUUACUGACUUCUUCCUAGCCCCUAUUAAAACAGACACCAUGGAACUGAGCCCCAACUCUGUUCAUGUUUACUAUGAAUUUAAGUCAGUUUUAGAAGCAGAGAAUCUUAAUUACUCCAGUUUUUGGGUUUCAAUACUAGUGUCCUGCGUCCUUGGAGUGUAGUUGCUAAUAGCAUUACAGGUAAGCUAAGUAGCUUUUAAGGUACUUGUGACCCACUGGUAUAAAAUAACAACAUUUCCUGACCUAUGUCUAGGACUUUAAAGGCUGUUUUUAUUACUUUUCCCCACUGUUUUCCCGAGCUCCAAGACAACCUCUCAGAUAAAGAUGCUGAACCAGGAAAUAAGUCAUUCUAACCGAAGGUUUUUCGUAGUGGGGUGCAAAAUUGCAAUUAACUUCAAUGCUAAUUAUGAGGACCCCCACUUUUGAUAGUAUCCAGUGGCUCCUUCUGGAAGUGGAUAUGUGUGAACAUUGGGUGGAAAAAAAAGAGUUGAAUGGGUCUGGAAUUGGGGGUCUCUUUUGUUUUUGUGGGCUGAGUGACUUCUUUUAAAUUAGGUGGUACAUUCACCAAGAGAGCCAUUGUGUAUAGAGUACACUAUUUAAUGCACUGCAGUUGUAGAUAGCUUGCUGUUUUUUUUAAAUUGAGUUGACAGAAAUGUUCAUUUGAUCAAAGAUUUUUCAAAGCAGCAACGGGGGAGCAGGCUCCAUUGUGAUAUUCCUUUGGUUUAGUUGCUGAUACCUGUUUGAAGUGAAGGUUACUGAGCAGUAUAAUGCAAUCAGUAGAGAAUCAAUUGGUGCAUGGAAGAUGAGCCUUUCUCUUAUAUAAAUGAUGUUGGUGAUCAUUUUUAAAACUAAUUUGUGUUGUCUUUUUGUAUAAGUUAUGAGCAUUGUUUAUAUGAUUUAUCUGUAAAACAGCUACUGUGUUAAGAUCAGCUUCACUGCUGCACUGUCUAAUUCAGUGAGCUGAAAAUGUAA